AUGGCGUCCAUUGUGCCCAAGCUUAAGCCGCUGAUCAGCAUUCAGUCGGAAGAGUCCAGCCGUGGGCCCUCGCCCCAACCCACACACUUCAGCGUGCCCCUCCACAGCAACACCAAUGGCCACCGAACUCUCCAGUCGGGAACUGUCGGCUACGUUGCACCCGAGUUUGCCGGAAAGCUCGAGCAGAUGAAGACCGUCAAGGACAUCAUCUUGCAAAAUGGAUGGAUCCCCGAGGCUCUCGUGGAGGAGCAAAUCCGCUGGUUCUACGAGAAGCUCGGCAUCGACGAUGUGUACUUCCGCAUCGAGAUCCCCGAUGUCAUUGCCAGCCAGAUCACGUCGCUCUACGCCGCAAAGGUGGCGGCCUAUUCCCGGGAGGACAAGCGGGAGGAAAUCCGCUUGGACAUGGAGGCCAGCGACCAUGCCAUUUACAUCGACACCAGCGAACCCGGCAAGGGCCACGUCGCCGGCCCCCGAUACGAGUCGCGUCUCGAGGCCAAGUACCUUGACCACCAGGGCAAGACCAAGUAUCGCGUCGAGACUUUCCGAUCGCCCGCCGUCAUCGGCGCCAGUCCCAACUCGAAGGCGACGCUCCGUUGCUACUUCGUUUACCAGUGCCAGUUUCGUCAGCAGCCCGAGACGACGGACCCCAAGGAGACCAACAUGGAGCUCAUCUCCGACAGCGGCUUCUGGCAGAAGGCGACGGACAACACGAAGCAGAUCUACCAGGAGCUCAUCGAGCUGGCCGUGAACCGAGCCGGCCCCGUCAUCGAAGUCUUCGACAUCGAGGGCGUCUCGGAGAAGCGUCUCGUCGUCGCCUUCCGCACCCGCACCGCUCGCGGCAUGUUCUCGGCCCUGAGUGACUUGUACCACUACUAUGGCGUGACGAGCUCCCGCAAGUACGUCGAGCAGUUCUCCAACGGCAUCACCGUCAUGAGUCUCUACCUCCGACCCGCUUCGCACCUGGAAGGCUACUUCCCCCCCAUGGACGAGUCGAUCCGCCAGAUCACCAAGGAGAUCUCCCUCCUCUACUGCCUGCCCCAGAACAAGUUCCACAACCUCUUCGCCGUCGGCGACCUGAGCCUGCAGGAGGCCGUCUACGCUCACUCCGCGUGGGUCUUCGUGCAGCACUUCCUCAACCGCCUGGGGCCCGAGUACUCGUCGCUCUCCCAGCUCCUGAACCCGACCGACACGGCCCAGGCGGCGCUCCUGUCCAAGCUCAAGCGACGCCUCCGAACGGAGACGUUCACCCCCGACUACAUACUCGAGAUCAUCCAGAACUACCCCGACCUCGUCCGGUCGCUGUACGCGUCGUUUGCCAGCGUCCAUCUCGGCGUCGAACGCGAUCAGUACAUGGUGGCGCCCACGCCCAUCGUAGAGGUGCUGUCGGACGAGAGGCUCAAGGAGACCAUCUCCAAGAACGUGGCCAACGAGCACGAGGAGAUGGUCAUGACGGCCUUCCGCGUCUUCAACAAUGCCAUUCUCAAGACCAACUACUUCACCCCGACCAAGGUCGCCCUCAGCUUCCGCCUGGACCCUGCCUUCCUUCCCGAGGUCGAGUACCCUCGGCGCCUCUACGGCAUGUUCCUCGUCAUCGGUGCCGAGUCGAGGGGGUUCCACCUUCGCUUCCGCGACAUCUCCCGCGGCGGCAUCCGCAUCGUCAAGUCGCGCAGCAAGGAGGCCUACGCCAUCAACGCGCGCAACCUCUUUGACGAGAACUACGGCCUCGCCAGCACGCAGCAGCGCAAGAACAAGGACAUCCCCGAGGGCGGCUCCAAGGGCGUCAUUCUGCUGGACCCCAAGCAGCAGGAUCGAGCCCAGGAAGCCUUCGAGAAGUACAUCGACAGCAUCCUCGACCUCCUCCUGCCCGCUGCCAGCCCGGGCAUCAAGAACAAGCUCGUGGACCUCUACGGCAAGGAAGAGAUCCUCUUCAUGGGCCCGGACGAGAACACGGCCGACCUCGUCGACUGGGCCACGGAGCACGCCAGGGCCCGAGGAGCGCCCUGGUGGAAGUCGUUCUUCACCGGCAAGUCGCAGAAGCUCGGCGGCAUCCCCCACGACAAGUACGGCAUGACGACGCUCUCGGUGCGCGAGUACGUCAAGGGCAUCUACCGCAAGCUCGACCUGGACCCCUCGACGGUCAGGAAGAUGCAGACGGGCGGCCCCGACGGCGACCUCGGCAGCAACGAAAUCCUUCUCGGCAACGAGAAGUGGACGGCCAUCGUGGACGGAUCCGGCGUCUUGGCCGAUCCCAACGGUCUCGACCGCGACGAACUGCUUCGCCUGGCCAGGAAGCGUGCCAUGAUCAGCGAGUACGACAUGAGCAAGGUGUCCAAGGAAGGCUACCGCGUCCUCUGCGACGACAGCAACAUCACGCUGCCCGGCGGCGAGGUCGUCAGCAACGGCACCUCGUUCCGCAACACGUACCACCUGCGCGACACCGGCAUGACCGACGCCUUCGUGCCCUGCGGAGGACGUCCCGAAUCCAUCGACCUGAUUUCGGUCAACAGGCUGAUCAAGGACGGCAAGACGACGAUCCCGUACAUCGUCGAGGGCGCCAACCUGUUCAUCACGCAGGACGCCAAGCUGCGCCUCGAGGCGGCCGGCUGCAUCCUGUACAAGGACGCCUCGGCCAACAAGGGCGGCGUCACGUCGUCGUCGCUCGAGGUGCUCGCAUCCCUGUCUUUCGACGACGAGGGUUUCGUCGAGAACAUGUGCGUCGAUCCCAAGACGGGCGAGCCGCCCGAGUUCUACAAUCAAUACGUUCGCGAGGUUCAGGCCAAGAUCUGCGAGAACGCCCGGCUCGAGUUCGAGGCCAUCUGGCGCGAGCACGAGGCCACGGGCGCCCCGCGGUCCAUCCUGUCCGACAAGCUGUCCGUGGCCAUCACGGACCUGGACGAGGAGCUGCAGCGAUCCGACCUCUGGGCCAACGAGAGCAUUCGUCACGCCGUCCUCCAGGACGCCCUCCCCGCGCUGCUCCUGGAGAAGAUUGGACUGGAGACGAUCAUCUCCCGUGUGCCCGACUCGUACCUGAGGAGCAUUUUCGGAAGCUACCUGGCCAGUCGGUUCGUGUAUGAAUUUGGCAGCGAGCCGAGCCAGUUCGCUUUCUUUGACUUCAGCAUGUCGAAGCGCAUGGCGAAAAUGACGGGAAAGAGUGACGGUGCCGAGCAGGUCCGCGAGUUGUCCGUGAGCGGUGGUGUUGGGCUGUAA